ACCAACUGCGUCCCGCUGAGGGGGUUUACCACGUUUCUGCCUCGAGAUCCUCCUUCAGCCCCUGGGAGAAGGUGGCAGUUGCGGGUGUUCCCUUGGCCUCUCCCCAUCCCACUUGCAUACUUGUACCGUUCCAUCCCUUCCCUCUAUGAACGGUCUUGCAGUCUCGUUUCAGACAUAUCCUUCCUACUUGAAUUUGGUUAUUGCUCCGCUUCCUCUAAUUUCCUGACACGAGAUUUGAUCAAGAGGAAUCACAAUGACCUUAUUAUUACCUACUGCUCUCCCUCUGGUGGCUCGAUCUAGCGAAUGCACUACUGGUCAACAGUGCGAUGGUUGUCAAGCGAGUGGGUGCUCAGAUUCUGCAACUUCAACUAUAGCAUCGUCGACAACGAGUGAGGAACCCGUAAGAACUAUUAUUACACUCAACACCAUCCCUCAACCAACUGGCCCAUCAACAUCAACCACCACAGUUAUAAAUUCAAGGAUAAGAGCAGAAGCUAUGUCUUCCACCGCCUCUCCUUCUCAAACGCCAAAGGCUACUCCUCCAAAUAAUACACCAAUCAUUGUAGGCAUUGUCUGUGGGAUAGUGGGGUGUUCGGUUAUUUCAGUAUUAAUAUGGUUUCUCUGGAGGAGGAAGAUGCAAAAGAAAACAAGGAUCACUUCGACAGCUUCGUCGUUUGGGGGUGGGAAAGACGGAAAAGACUUUGAACUGGCACGACAAAGCUCAUUAUAUGAAAAUCGACACCUUCAGCCAGAGGAUGGUCGAGGGGGUAUGUCAAUCAUUCUUAGGCUCCAUCAGAUGAUUUACUAAUUACAAUUCAGCAUAUACCCAAGCUCAGAGAGCAAGAAGCCUGAGCCAAGGUUCAAACAACCCUGGCUCGGCUAUUGGCUCUCGACCAGCUACUCCAGUUCCUCCAGCGGAAACAGAGGAGAAACAAACAGUUCCUCUUCCAAAAGCCCAGUAUCCAGCAUAUCACCCACUACCAGGUAGAAGUCCAGAAAUACCAGCCUGGCGCAACGUAGAAACACCUUAUACACCGGUGACACCAAUGACGCCGAUGCAUCAUUCAUCACAACAAACAAGACAUCCAGCUUAUCAUGUACAUCAAUUAUCUCAACACCCAGCAUUCAGAGCAGGAAACUCACCACCAAGACCUGCACCUCCCACAUGGGCACAUCCAGCUUUCCGUCCGGAAGGCACAGCUCACCAAUUAGACUCCACACCAAUCAUCCCUCAAAACGAACUUGACGGGUUUUCGUUCGUUCCUCGAAGUCCUCGAAUCGAAAGCUUGAGAAAUGAGAGUUUGGGCGCAUCGCGGCCUGAACCUCUAAGGCUUAAGCAUUCAUCUACAGAACUGCCAGCAGCCGAUGUUCCCCGUUUAUUUUCAAACUCAAAUACACACUCCGAACCCAACAUGAAAUCACGCUACGAAACACCCUCAGAGCCAUGUUCUCAAGCCUCCUCGCCCGCCACGCCAUUCCCGCAAAUCAGGAACGCACGAAGUCACAACGUGCUAUCAGGAGACAACUCCGCCAGAACAGGGAUCUCAACAUACACCAUUCCAAUCGGACUAGGCGUCAUCGAUGGCUCCCCAACCAUAGGAGUAAACCCAUUCUCCCUUCCCCUUCAAGGCCGAGAAAUCACCUCCGCCCCCAAGGAGGAGUCCAAGAGCAAGAAAGAAGAGAAGAAACGCUCCAAAUCUCCACCUCCGGUACUCAAGUCCAACAUGAACGAUCGCGAUGACCACGUUCUAUCCUGGGAUUCUUACGGUGCAGGUCAAUUAUCGGGUAUCGGCCCCUCCAGCUCCAUUAGUUCAGAGAGAUCACGGAGACAGAGGGAGAUUGAACAGGGGAUUAUUGCACGGGAUCGUGAGGGUAGGGCGGCGAUCAAGGAGGGCAAGAAGGGAGGGGGGAAAGCGUGGAUGAGCCAGGAGCGAGGGAGUUAUGGGGAAAUUCCUGAGACGCCUCUGAGUACUUAUACCGAGAGUUGGAUGGAGCGAGAAAGUUGGGCUUUGAGAUGAUGCAUGUGUCUCUCGUUUGUGGUUUGGAUUGUGCGUACAGCUUGAGCUAUUUGUUUUGCGAUACCCGGAUUGAAGGAGGAGUAAUGGCCCGCGCGAUACUCUCAUCUGAUGGGUACUUUGAUACCUCGACGCAUUGGACUUACUGGAAUACCGAUAUUAGCUACCGUGGAGGAAUACCUCGCGCGUUUUAAUGUAGAAUAUAAAUACCGACACCGACACAGACUACGAUAUUGAACAUCACUGUACACUCGCUACAACACACAUCAUACCUACCAUUAAAAAGGUCGAUCAACACACACUCGUUACAUAUUACAAUCCAUUCAGCACCACAUACACUCAUUAAAAUCAACUUCCGCCUCUCUCGUCACUUUUGGAUGUUGGGGAAGUGAAGCUGUGUGCAUAUGAACAGGCGUUUUGGCAGCAUUGAAAUAGGGGUUUUCGGAAUGGGAUUGGGAUUGGGAAGGAACUUGGCGUUUGAAGGUUAACGUAGUAUCUAACUUCUUGGUUUCUUGGUGGGAUAUGGUGGUGUGGUGAGGAGAAAGAUAGGGUAAAGGAGAUAAGAGCGAUGAAUAAAACCCCAAAGAUAUCAAUAUAAAUUUAAAGACACACAG